AUGGGCAAUAGUGCUGCUGGUGGAGCUAUUACUGGACUAAUGUCUACAGUCUUUGGGAGGACACUUGGUUAUUGCCGGAAGAGGACAACACAAGAUUAUUUCUUUGAUGUUCCUGCCGAGGAGCAUCCUAAAAUUCACCAUAGUCAGCUUAGAAAGUUUUCCCUGCGUGAGCUGCAAGAUGCAACGGACAAUUUUAGUGACAAAAACAUUGUGGGUAAAGGUGGAUCUGGCAAGGUUUACGCAGGACGAUUGGCUGAUGGGUCUCUAGUUGCAGUUAAAAGACUUAAAGUGGAAGGCGCUCAGUUUGGAGAUCUGCAAUUUCAAACAGAGGUACAAAUUAUGAGCUUGGCAGUCCACCGUAAUUUGCUGCGGCUGCUUAGUUAUUGCAUGACCCCAACUGAACGGUUGCUCGUACAUCCUUGCAUGGCUAACAGCAGUCUGGCAUCUUGGUUAGGGGCCCGCCAUCGCCAAGUGUUGCUUGGAUGGGCUCUACGGAAGCGAAUCGUACGGGAAGUUGCAAGGGGGCUUACUUAUUUGCAUAAUCAAUGUGAUCCAAAGAUCAUUCACCGUGAUGUCAAACCUGCCAGUAUAUUAUUGCAUGAGGAUUUUGAAGCAGUUAUUGGGGACUUUGGCGUUGCAAAACCCAUGGACUACGAAGAUAUAGCUGUGCUUGGUUCGAUUUGGCGCAUUGCACCAGAAUAUCUCUCCGCCGGAUUGUCUUAGGAGAAGUCUGAUGUCAGUUACGGUGUGAUGCUUCUUGAACUAAUAACCAGACAGAAGGCUUUCGAUCCGGCCCGACUAGUGAAUGGUGGUCACGUCAUGUUAAUUGAUUGGGUGAUAGGGCUUUUGAAAGACAAGAAAUGGGAAACACUAAUGGAUGCUGAUUUGGGCGAUGAAUAUAAUAAAGAUGAGGCAGAGCAUUUCAUCAAAGUGGCCUUGCUAUGCACACAAAACUCGUUUAUGGGAAGACCAAAGAUGUCCGAGGUGCUAAGGAUGCUUGAAGAUGAUGGGCCUGAUGAAAAAUGGGAUGAAUGGCAGAAAGACGAGACGUGUCCAUUAGGUAAUGGAACCCUGCUUUGGCCUCCAGGAGGACCGUCAGGUCCCAGAUGA